AUGGAGGUUGGUCAUCGAGCCAUUUCAAGAUGCUACUGUAUUGAGCCCGGUCCGGGUGCCACUGAAGCGGACCAACAAGGUCAAGGAUCGGUCCAACCAGUGGGACUAUUGGAGAAGCAAAAUAAAGACAAUAAGGAUUCAAGGAAUGUUAAGUUCGUCGGCAAUUUCAAUCAUGAGCGUGCAAAAGAUGUCGACGAAUAA